AUGCCUUCCUCUUGCGACAACAUGUCGACAUAUAGGCGCUCAGAGAAUUACCGCGACCGCGAUCGACGCCUCGAUCGUGAGUCGCACAGUCACUACGACCGGCGUGGCCGUGAUCGUGAGCGUUCAAGGUCUCGCGAACGUAGAUUACCAGACCGAGAUGGAGACCGAGCUAUGUCAGAUCAUUAUGAUAAACCGCCUUCUGGCCCGCGAGACACUCGUCCUUCGCAGAAACGCUAUUCUUCCCCUUUACAUAUCAACUCAGCCGGCUCAGAUUCACGGCUUGACAACCGCCCAAAUUCUUCUCCUCGAGGACAGCCGUCGAACUCCACGAAUUCCAAGCCAACAUAUGAAACCGUCCAUGUUGGCAAGAUCACUGAAGCCCUGCGAGUCGUCUCGAAACGAAGCUACGAUCAUGUAGCAAUACAGUUGCGAAAAGAAGUAGUGGAGACUCGAAAAAAGGAAAGGGAGAACAAUAACAAGAUGUCGCAACACAAAUAUCUUGAAUUCCCUUCCUUGAAAGAAGCGCACCGCAGGUCAGAGAAGAAAGACCAAGAUGAUUUAGCUGCAUUGCGCAAGGAGGAAGAGACAGCAGACAAGAAAAGUCUCAAAUCAACUGAAGACCUUGCUUUCACUCUACUCCAGGUCUUUGCCGAAUUACAACAGAACAAGGAUAGCCGCGUGACAACGUCUGGUGUAUCAGACGGCCUUGAGGCUCAGCUUGUCUCUCGCCUGGACCAGCUGGAAAAACAGCGUAAGGAAGAUGCUGAGAGACAGGAAAAACGCAUAGAUGAAUUGCAUAAUGGGCUUCGGACUGAAAUAGCCCAGCGUAAGGCGUUGGGCAUGGAAAAUGAAUCUCUGAGAGCUAGACUUCUCGAGUUAGAGACAAAGAGCCAGUCUCUUCAUUCCGUGGUUGAUGAUCACGGAAGCUCACUUAAGCGUCUGCAUGACGAGAAGCCAAAAGCUGUGCCAGAAGCUAUGCCAAAGGAAACAACGCUUGGAGCUACUGUUCAAGCCCAAUAUGUGGAAGAGAUCAAAGCCUUCAAGGAGGAGUGUGUCAGCGCAAUUGCUGACUUGAGGGGUGAAGUUGAAAAGCAUGAUGCAAAGCUCGGAGAGAUGGAUGUUGAGCUUAUCGGCGAAAGCUGCGACGCGAUCGUGACGAAGCUGCCCCGCUUCGAGCAGAACGUGAAGAAGGUGAUAGCUGAUGUUCUUGCCAUACGAACAGACACAGCCCAGCUUCAAUCAGAUCUACGGCAACUUGAAUCCCGUACUAAGGUGCCCAGGGCGGAUGAAGAGUGCUGUGCGAAACGUGCAGACCAGCUUAAGUCAGAUACAGAGCAGCUCCGGUCCCGUACAGAGAAACUUGAAUGCGACUCGGCUCAAAUCCGGUCUGUCCAAGAGCAGCUUCAGUCAGCAUUAGACAAGACUCGAAGAGAUAACCAGCAGCCCUCAUUAGCUAUGGAGCAAGCCAAGUCGGGCGUGGAACAGCUGCAUUCUGAAAUGGAGCGACUAAGAUCUAAUAUGGAACAGCUGCAGUCUACCGUGCAGUCACUCUUAACAGGCGACACCUUUGUUACAAAAACGAAGCUGAAGGACUUGAAUAAUGGCUUUAUUACAACGUUCGGUGGCUGGGUCAAUGAACUUAAAAAACGGUCUAGCACCCUUGAAGAGCAGGUGAAGAUAUUGCAGAAUGAUAUUGCUUUACAGAAAAGCAACGCAGCUGCCUCGGCCGCUGAGUCAAGGAUCCUCCCUCUGGAGACAAAAUGGGAAGAGCACGACGAGCGAAUUAAAACCCUUGAAGACACAUCAAAGCAGUAUUCACAAGGGGCAGCGAAGCUCUCUUGGGAGGAGCACGCAGAUGCUCUCGAGAAAAAGCACACUUCAUCCAUGGAAACAACAAGCGCCGUAAUUGAAGCGCUGAAAACUCAGAUAGCAAUGAGUGAGCAGAGUUUGAAGACCAUAUCUGGGUCGAUUAAACUUAUGAACGACAAUCAGACUGCGCAGACUGGCCGAAUUGCGGAGGCCGAAGCCCAAAUGUCGAAGCUAAGUAUGCAGCUGAUGGACCUCGCCCAGAACAUUAAGGCAGUUGAAGAUAAGAUGGAGAAAAGGAUGGACCUUCUGCAACACCAUUACAUUUGCCUCGACUCAAAAAUGAACAACCUGACAACGGAAACCCUCUUUAAGGCAAUCAUUGACUACAUUGACAAGUACCAACCCACCGAGCUGCACCUGGGACAAAGGAUGGAAACGAUCAUACAACAGGUGAAUCAACAUGAGCACAGGCUUGUCAAGGUUGAGCGGUCAUCAAGUUUAAGCGAAGAGCCGGCCAGCAAGAAGAGGAAGCUCAGCUCAAACGAGUUCGGGCCAGUGGUCAUGGCAAAUGGCAGCCACUGA